AUGGUUGUUCCACCUCCCUCUCCGUCGUCUCAAUUGCCGCUUCCAGCAACACUGGACAGGGUGCAGAUCCUAAGCCUACCGGCCACGGCAUUCUAUAUUGCUGAGUUUAUCACAGAAGAGGAAGAGCGGCAAAUUCUCCAAAGGGUCGAAGCUGCGCCGAAACCGAAGUGGAAGCAACUUUCCCACCGCCGUCUGCAAACAUGGCCGUCCGAUCUCCUUCACGAUAAGCUUCUCGAUGCACCGCUCCCGCCGUGGCUCGUGGACCCUGUCAUCACGCGGCUCCUCACCAUUCCUGUGGGAGCCAACAGGAAUGGCGACGACGGCGAGAAUGACGACCGUGACAACAUAUUCGCCAAUAGCCCACACAAGCGUCCAAACCAUGUCCUAAUCAACGAAUAUCCACCUGGCGUGGGAAUCAUGCCGCACAAGAACAAUGAGGACGGCACUCUGCACACCGAACCCGUGGCGCGGAUUCUCCAAGAACCGCGCAGUCUUCUAAUCACCACCGACAACCUCUACACCGAUUACCUGCACGGCAUUGCCGACAUUGACAAGGACAUCGACCUAUCGGAAGCCACCAUCGCGAACUGGGACCUCUUACAAUCCAAAGAACUGUUUGCCUCUGGGCAGAGCACACGCGAAACUCGCGUCAGCUUGACAUACCGGGACGUAUUGAAAGUAUCGAAGCUGGGUAACAAGUUUGGGAUGUUCAAGCGGCCGUGA